AUGGACUACCACGCUGAGCUGCUCAAACCAACGAAAAACUCCACUCGGGAUGAUUGGUCCUUAGUAGCCACACCGGCUGAGCGACGCAAGCUACAAAAUCGACUCAAUCAGCGAACGUAUCGGUUACGUCAGCAAAUUAAAAAUCCAAAGAAGAAGAGUCCUUCGAAGUGGAAAAAGAUCGGCUCACUGGUUGACGACGGAGACCAACCGACAGAAUGCAGCAACUUCACCACACUCGGUAUGCCUCGCAGGAGGGUGAACGUGAUACCAACCUACAACUGCAGCAUAGCUCCCAAGGGCGCACGAACCUUUUUCAAUGAGUUUGAAACAAUUGCCUACGAGAGCUAUUGUAGCAGGUUGCCGGUAGCCGAUCAUCUUCUCACUCUGGUCAAACUCAACGUCUAUCGUGCCUUUUUUGAAAAUCUCGCAGCAUUGGGCAUGGAUGCGGGUUGGAUGAAGGCGGAUGCAAUUUCUCCUUUUUGCAUGUCAAAGCCAGAUAUGACUUCCCCGACUCUUCCAACUCACCUGCAACCAACUGCAGUUCAAUCACAGGUGCCUCAUCAUCCAUGGUUGGAUUUCUUUCCUCACCCCAAAAUGCGUGAUCGCCUCAUUCUAGCGAAUGGGCUUGAUGAUGACGAGCUUUGUGUUGAUAUAAUGGGGUUCUGGAAUACUAACAGGCCGGAUUCCAGUUUAAUUGUUUGGGGGCAACCCUGGAUACUGCAGAACUGGGAGUUAUCAGAAGGCUUUAUUCAAAAAUGGGGCUGGGCGACCCAGGAUUGUCCAGAGCUCUUGAGGUCAACUAAUUAUUGGCGUAGUCUUCGUGGCGACAAAAGGUUACAGUUAAAAACUAACAGCCAGAUGCUCGACUAG